UACCUCCAUAGAUGCCCGCCUCGGAGCAAAAGAGGUCGUCGAGCAGCCUCCAUGCACUGCCCUGCCGAAGCCCACAACCUCUGCAUAGCACUGCACGGGUGCUGCGAGUUGACGCUUAUGCUGCUGCGAAACAGUGGCAGUCUCCUGCACUGUGAUUGAAUGAUACUUGCAGCAAGCAGCCACUGAUAGCCUGGUCAGGAAGGGGUUAUAGCGCUAGAAACGAGAAGAGGCUGAAGUACUCUCAACGACUUUUAGUAGUCCGUGUCAUGAAGUAACGGUCUCACUAUUCCUCUAGUGUUGUUGAUAGAGGGUUGCCUGGUGUAAUUCACUGAGCGCUCUUUAUAUCUUUGAGCCGUAUAGUGGUGCUAGGCAUGCUCGUUCAUAAGACUUCUAACAUCCACUGAUUCAGGGGCUGCUAGCUAAUCACCGCCCAGACACACACAGAGUAGUAUUCGUGCACUUAGUGGGUGCCAGGGAGAAUCAAGAUACCGCAUUGUUUACUGCAUUACUUAGCGCAGCACUAGCUGAGUUGCAGUUCUUCCAUUACUCAGCCAUCAGUACUGCAGAUUACACUCUCCCCGCGUACAGCUGCAAGUCCGUCUUCGUGGCGCUGGGGACCAGAUUUGGACCAUCCAUUUUCAGGCAGAUAAGACAUCCGCUGGGACGCAUUUUGACAGACCGACCUCUAUUUUUCCCACCCUACUUGCCAUAGUGUUAGCAUCCUGCGGAGAGCUGAUACAACCUCUCUCCCUGAAGUUAACGGCUCUGCGGAGAAACAGGACCAGCUGUCCAUAUAUGGAUGUUGUUUUGGAGACGACCACGGAGAGUUGACACGCUUUUCGCGCAGUGUUGCGACUCGCUCUCAUUGAGGUGGUAUUUGCGAAUGUGCACGCGACGACGACAGGCCAGAGGAGGGGCACUUCACACCAGCUACCUGCAUUCUGCGUUUCAUACUGUCAGUAUCAACCCAGAGUGACUGAGUCCAGGACGCAGUGGAAGGAUUCUGAGCCACGGCAGCCUUGAGUUGCGCUCGUUGGUCGGUUGUAGCACUUCUCCGCCUGGCUCAAGUGCUGGCAAGCCGAUAUCUCUACCUCUCCCUUAUGGAUCGCGUAUAGACACGUUAGUAAUAGUAACCUAACCAACACCCCACAACACAAACCCGGCAAGCCAGGCUGCUGCUGCUGCUGCUGCUGCUGCCUCUACGCCACAACGUUCUGUAAGUAAACAGGCAACAAAUCUGCACAUCUGUGACCACAGCACUGCACAGCUCCUAGGCUUGACCCGCCAAUCCAGCUCAUCGGACAAAGUGCAGCUACAUCCGAUGAGUGCAGAGUUCCGAGCGUGGCAUUAUAGUUUUGUUAGUUUUCGCCACACCACCUCUCCAGUUAGCCCACGGCUGUAGCACGUUGUCCCAUUUGAACCUUGGCUGGCUAGCUGGCUGCGGUUGAGCCUGCUGGUGCUCCGUGUCUUCCAUUCAACAUUCAGUACGGCUGUGAGAAAGUACUCCCGUGUAUAUCACACUUGAAUGCUUCGUACCCGCCUCGUCUCAACCACCGGCCGCUAUCCAGUCCAGACACCAUCCGCGCACUCGCGAGUGACGUCACACUUCGGUGAACCCUGGCAUUCAUUUCUGGGUGUCCGCAGGUCCGCAAGUGUUACUGCUGAGUCCGGUGCGGUAUUGACUGCGGGACGGCUCACUGGGACUCUGCCAAGGCGCUGGCCAUCUGAAUUACAUCGCCUCGACCAGAAUAGCUCUCGAUAUAUAUUUCCGUUGCGCAUUCGUUGACCAUAACAGUCCAGCGAAUCUUGGCACCAGCACGAGCAGAAUUCUGGUCAACUACUAGUUUCGCUCCGUAACAUAUUCAGUAUGUCUGAGGCACGUGGAGGAUUCCCCGUUCAACCAUGGUCAUGUCGAGGUCAGUCACCAUCCAGCCGUGACCGAACAGAACAUUGCUGCUACCGCAAGAGAGACCACCUGAGCACUAUUACUAGCUGUAACCGUGACCGCUGCAGAGCCAGUUUCAGACAAGAGGCACGGAUCACAAUCGCUAACACUCGUGGCAGCAGCACGGGAAUCAGCUGUGACAGUAAUGUUGGCAGACAGCGCGGCACGUGGCGAGGGAGCUACAGGAGCGAGACACCUCCGGCCUACUGGCACAGUCCUGCCUCUGCUGCGCCUGUCUCCGUCUCUGGCUGUCUCAGCACGGGCUGUUUGCUAGUUAUCAUGUGCACGAUGCUGUCGUGUCUAGAGAUGAGCGCUGCAAGAUCUGUGCCUCCAACGGCUGUCACACACUCGUCAUCUCAUGAUGGGAUACUGUCGACGAGCCCGGUGGCCGUGCAGCCCUCUCUCUCUUCACGAUCAGGGCCGCAGCACGGAAGCGCUCUCAUUUCAGCAAAUCAGCAGACUUCUUCAGAGCCGUCCAACGAUGGUCAGGAGCUGAGUAACAACAAGAACAUGUCUCAGGCAGCACUCCUAGACAUCAGCGAGCGUGGUGCUGUGCUGCAUGAGAACCCAGCGCUACAUCAUGAUCAACAACCUGACAGUCAUGUUGUGCAGGCAACCGUCAAAGCCAUAACAUCAUUUCGCCAUUUAUUACUGCCGGAUGAGCACGCAGAUAGGAACAGCACGCCAGAAGAAGAACGUAUAACUUCAAGUGAGCGCCGAGUAUCACCUCUAACUACGGAUCUCAUCUCCCAGUUAGAAACCCCAACAGUAGCGCUCACAGCACAUCGUACAUCAUUGGCUGAUGACAUUGUCAAGCUAAAGGACACCAGCUCAGCGGGAAGAAAUGUGGGACUGAACUCCGAUGAUCAUAUAGUGCCGGCACAAACCGUGUUGCCCAGUCUGCCGAGAUUCAACUCCUCUCUGUCUUCCAGCCCACGGCCAGCUAAUAACCGCUGUAAACUGGUACAGCGCACCGUGGAAUUCCAAUUUCCCCCAGGCUGCGUGGAGUAUUACAGCGGACGUAGGAACUAUCAAUUGCACAUGCAGACGUGCUCAGGGUUUUGUAAUAGUGAGGUAGCGCUCAAGGCAGUACCCAUCACGGCUGACAGUGACGAACCGAUAGUUUAUCAAGAUUUGUUCAAACCAAAGUGCAAAUGUUGCAAGGAGAGAUCAUUGAUACUGAAGAAGGAGAUCUGGAUGAAGUGCAGACGCCGCAGCGAACCCAGGGUUAUGAGUGCAUUCGAGCCGGAAUCAUGCGGAUGUAAACGCUGCAGAUAGAGAUCCAGGCAACAUGAAAGCAGUAUAGUGCUAAGUUCAAAACUGAUCUGAUAGAUCUUGGACACGGUCCCAAGGGAUGUCUCAGGAAUUCGCGUGUUGCGGGUUACUAAUAUGUGAGUGUGUGUGUGUGUGUGUGUGUGUGUGUGUGUGUGUGUGCUUUGUAUGUAAGGCGUGGCGCUAUAACGCCAAGGUUGUAAAGCUUUUUACGUUCACUAUGGCGAUGAUGAUGAUGAUGGUAGUUAUUAGGUUUUACAGGUGACUGGGGACACCUGGGCUAUGGCUUGUAAUGCCACUUCACCCUGUCACGUCAUCAUUAUUAUUAUUCACAUUCUACUUGGACUAUAUCAGUGUUUUCGGACAGACGAGAAAUAGUAUUCCUUCUUGAUUUCUUGAGCACACCAGCCACAGCCACAGCCCCGUACACACCCUCGGAAUCAUGCUCCGCUCAAUUUGCCCCAAGAAGAAAUCUUGAUCUAUUCUCACUAUCAUAUUCUAAACCCAGAUUAUAAACAUUAUAAUUAUUCACAAUCCUAUGCAGAUAUUUCCAUAUGCCUUUUAUGGCUUACUAAGGAGUUUAUACUUUCUGUCAUGCCAAGCAGUUGCAUUUAUGUUUGCCACAAUGAGACGCCCUUCGCGAUGCAACCCUAUUUGGUUGCCAGAACCCAUUGAACCAUCUCUAAGGAUGUUCAUAUC